GUUUGUGUGCGGCGGCGGAGAGAGCGGAGGGAGCGAGGCUGUCCAGGUGACCCGCGACUCCGCGGCCCCUUGACCUGGUGACCCCGUGUGACCCCGUGUGACCCCGUGACCUGGUGACCCAGCGCUCUGGUGAGGUCGCCAUGGGCAAGCGCAAGGAGAUGAGCGCGGAGCUGGGAGGACUCGAAAGCGGCGGGCAGGCAGGCGGCAGCAUUCAUUUGUUGCACAAGAAAAAACACAAGAAACACAAGAAGCACAAGCGCCGUCGAGACGGGGUCGGCGCCGAAGGGGAGGUGAGCUUCUCCUCGGAGACGCUUGAGUCAGACUCCACCACUGGGAAGCCCCAGCUGAAGCUGAAGAUCAAGAUCGGAGGCCACAUGCUCAGUACCACCAGUGUGCCUCAGUACGUUGUGGCUGCAGGAGCACCCACAGCUGCUGUCGGCACGGAAGAUGAGGAAGAGGAGUCCUUCAACCCCUGGAUUGACGACAGCGACGGGGACCCCCCAGCCCUGCCGGAUGCCGAAUCGGGACCCGAGGAUGAGGAGGAGAAGCGCUGGCUCGACGCCCUGGAGCGCGGAGAGCUGGACGACAAUGGGGAGCUCAAGAAGGAGGUGGACGAGUCCCUGCUGACGCCACGGCAGCGCGCACUGCUGCACCGUGAUGCGGCGCCCACCCAGCCGCUGCUGGAGCUGCCCAUGGGCUACAAGGAGAAGGAGAUGACGGCAGAGAUGCUGAUGAAGCGCGCGGAGCGGGCGCGCACACGCCGCCUGCAGGCCGCACGCAAGGCCGAGGAGAGUCGCAAGCAAACAAUAGAGCGCCUCACCAAGACCGGCCGCGCCAAGUCCGGCGGCAAAGCCGGGGGUCGCGUGGGGGCGCUUGGCCGGCGGUGGCCCAUGGCCCCCACCGUGCGCUACUCCAGCUCCGCCUCCGAGGGGACCACCGUCUCCUUCCCGCCCGGCUUCCCGCUGCCGGCGCUGCUGGGUCCCACACCGCCCCCUCCGCCCGCCCCCUCGCAGGCGCUGGACUGCGGCGUCCCCGGCUGCACCAACAGGAAGCGCUACAGCUGCGCUAAGACCGGCGUGCCGCUGUGCAGCCUCGAGUGCUACCGCAAGAACCUCGCGCUGCAGGCGAACUCGUAGCCGGGCUCCCAUGGAGCGGUGGUGCGGAGAGAUUUGCGAGCUCAUCUCCGCAUUCCCGACUGUUGUACAUGGAGUGGACGAUGCGAUUAGAAAUCUUCCUUUUUGACUGUUGCUGUACAUAUGAAGAUAACCUCGAACAUGGAUUUUUAGCGGUCAGCGCCAUGGUCAAUUGUGCACAUAGCGGCAUUGUCACCUUCCCUGGGAGCGGCGUUACCUCAUGUACUCCAGCGACAAGGAGCAACGUACAGCUGAUACAGCAUCCUUCAGGCAUCCUCGCAUUCCCGUGCAAUGACAAUAAGCAACAAAAUCUUCGGAACGCAACCAAUUCAGUGAUGACCGAUGUCUCCAUCGAUUAAUCAACCCACGUAUUUUACGUCGAGGAUGACAAGAAUCACUUAAUGGUACGAACUAUGUGUCAUUAAGUGAGGGUGAGGGUACGUUAGGGCACGUGAUGCUGGUGGCUUGGUGUGAUUGGCUACGAGUCUUGCUCAAGCGAAUCCUUGCGUGGAGCAGCCUGACAAGACCUUAAUGAUGCCCGGAUACGAGAGGGGCCUCCACUGCUUCUACUGAACUCGGCAAUGCUGUUGAUGCCUGGAAUUCUGUAUUCAUUGUUGUCAUGAAUACAUUUGAGUAAAAGCGGCUUGAUUGUUCAGCGUGGCAUGAAAUGUUGACCUAACACAAAAUUUGCUUUAUAUAAUAAAUGCGCAUUCUUGCAGAAAGGCUUCACAUAAAGACGUGUUUUUAAUGAUGAAUGGACAGUGAUGUAGUUCUGGAAGGUAUCUUGUCAUUAAAUUGUAUUUUAUUUAUUUGUCGAGGACUGCAGGGUAUGAUUUAUUCAUGAUACACAAUGACAGAAGCCAACAUUAUAUUCCGGAUUCUUUGAUAUCUCGCAUAUACACAAUGUUCAACCACCCACACACAGAUUUUAAUGCAAACAAGUCUUAUUUAUAAAAAAAAAUGUGAGUACCAAUCAUCAAAUAUGCAACUGACAUUUGGUCCAAAGAAUACUUGAUACUGUUCUACAAAUGAAAACUUUGAAAACUGAAAACAGAAAUUAAUGGCAUAACUCAGAAUGUAGGUUAAUAAGGCAUCAAUGCACACUGAUAAUUAAAGAUAAGGCAAGCAACACAACAGAAGCAAUCUGCUUUCAGUCUGCAGCAGACAGUCUCAUGCUCGCGUUGAGAAGGUGACACGGCAGUCGUCGUGCAAACAGCGGAGACAGCGACCCAAUGGUUGAUGACGCAGCAGCAGCAGCC